UUUUUUUAUAUAUAUAUAUAUUUAUAAGUUUACUAGUAUAUGUAUAUGUUUUGGAUUCGAUUCGACGAAGAAGAGAGGAAUUAAGGUGAAUAACAAGGUUUUUAAUAAAUUACUUGUGAAAGAUCACAUAUAGUUGGUUGGGAUAUAUAUUACAUACAAAUUUUGAUCGAAGAGAUAUAUAUAUAUCGAAAUCAAAGAUGAAUUAUUAUGGUGGGAAUGAAAGAUCAUCGUCUGGAUCAUCGUCAAGGAAAGGGAAAAAGAGCGGUUCGGAUAAACCUAAGCAACCCCAAAGAGGACUUGGUGUUGCUCAGCUUGAAAAGAUUAGACUCCAUAGCCAAAUGGCAGGCUUCCUUCCGCAGGAGGAUAUUAGAAUGCAAACACCAUAUUCAUCAUCAUCAUCUUCCUUCUCAUACAAUUCACCAUCUACGGCAGCUUCUUUUAAUUCUUUUCAAGGAACCCAUCAUUCCCACAUGUUGGGUAUGAGCGAAUUAGAUAGAACCAACUACGCAUUUGGUGAAUCGCAUAUAGCUAGCAUUAACCCCAGCAGAUGGGAUGCAAGCAGUGCCAUCUUAGAGGCUCAACGCUAUGUCGAACCCAUAGGCAUAAGCAGUAGACACCUUUUUAGCCCAGAAUUACUUGAGGAUUCAUUGAGGAGUAAGAAGACAAGGAAAGAUCGAGAUGAUUCCAUGGGAUCAAACAGUCAGAAUUCGGAUUCAAAUGGUAGCCACGAACUAGAUUUGGAGCUAAGACUUGCGCUUUAAUUUUAAUUUUAUUCGACAUUAUAUAUUAUUUCUAUCCUGUGAUCGAUUACUUCAUGCAUGUUUGCAACUUCUAGUGAUCUUUCAUAUGAUUUGAGGUGAAAGUUGUUUGUAUAACUCAUUGGAAAUUCAUUCUCAAGUUAAAGAUUUCGAGAAUCCAACAUAAGAUUAU